GAAAGGCAGGCAAAGUGCAAAGAGAAAACUCAGAUUGUCAUCUCAGAUGUCUGAAAACAUGGCUGGGCUUCAUGGAUUUGAGGGCGACAACUUCUAUAUCCCUUUGAGUAACCGCACAGGGCUGGUACGGGACCCUUUCCUGUACCAGCAGUACUAUCUGGCAGACCCAUGGCAGUUCAGGCUUCUAGCUGUCUACAUGUUCCUACUUAUCUGUUCUGGCUUUCCCAUCAACGGUUUGACACUUUUGGUCACGGCACAACACAAGAAGCUUCGGCAGCCGCUGAACUACAUCCUAGUAAAUCUGGCGCUUGCCGGGAUGAUCAUGGUCUGCUUUGGCUUCACCAUCACCAUCACUUCAGCCGUAAAUGGCUACUUCAUCCUUGGGCCAAUGGCAUGUGCCAUUGAAGGUUUUAUGGCAACACUUGGAGGUGAGGUAGCACUCUGGUCACUGGUGGUGCUGGCCAUUGAAAGGUACGUUGUGGUCUGUAAACCCAUGGGGAGCUUCAAAUUCAGUUCAGGACAUGCUAUGGCUGGAAUUGGCUUCACUUGGUUUAUGGCCAUGGCUUGUGCUGCUCCACCACUUGCUGGCUGGUCCAGAUACAUUCCUGAGGGUCUACAGUGCUCGUGUGGGCCAGAUUACUACACACUUAACCCUAAGUACAACAAUGAGUCUUACGUGAUCUACAUGUUUGUUGUCCACUUUAUAGUUCCUGUCACCGUCAUCUUCUUUACUUAUGGACGGCUUGUAUGCACUGUUAAAGCAGCCGCAGCACAACAACAAGAUUCAGCCUCCACCCAGAAGGCUGAGAAGGAAGUGACGCGUAUGGUCAUUUUAAUGGUGGUGGGCUUCCUGGUGGCCUGGACGCCAUAUGCCAGUGUUGCUGCUUGGAUCUUUUUCAACAAAGGAGCUCCUUUUACCGCCCAGUUCAUGGCUAUUCCUGCUUUCUUCUCUAAGAGCUCAUCUAUCUUUAACCCUAUCAUCUAUGUACUGCUAAACAAACAGUUCCGCAGUUGCAUGCUAACCACUCUGUUCUGCGGUAAAAACCCCAUGGGAGAUGAGGAAUCUUCGGUGUCCACCAGCAAGACAGAGGUGUCCUCUGUGUCUCCGGCAUAACAGUUUCCUGCCCAGCCCACUCACACCUGGAAUUCUUGGAAUUUUUGGAACAUUUGGAACUCUUCAUCUUGCAUGCUCCCACUCCCUCCAUGUAUCUCUCUUGGUACACAAGCACACUUUGCUAAGGGUUCAUUCAUGGACAUGUAGGCUGCCAGUUUCAUUUGUUCGGCUGCUGUUUCAUCACAGAUUUGUAAGAAUCAUAAUGGGACACAUAGGAUUUGGUGGAGCCAGUUUUUUAGGGGUGGGGGGUCCUGCCAAACUGCUAACCAGGAUCUUGAUGAAUAUUUUUCUCUCCUUUGAUGUAUUGUGGAUACACUGAUGCAAAAUUUUUGAUGGUAUGUUGAAGGAAGGAUUGUUUGCUGUAUAUAUUUUUGUAUCUUAACAAAGCAUAUGAAAAAAGAAAAAAAAAAUAUUUGGAAGUAAUAAAGUCUUGCAUUUACGAAUAU